AGCCUGGGGGGGACAAGAGGCCCCGGACACCUGGGCCCCUCUGCAGCCUGGGGGGGGGCUGAGAGGCCCCCGGACGCCUGGGCCCCCGGGGGGGGGGUGUGGGUGCCGCCCGGACGCCUGGGCCCGGCGCAGCCGCCAUGCGGGGCCCCGGGGUGCUGCUGGCCCUGGGGGUGCUGCUGGCCGGGGCGCGGGGGGGCGCGGGGGGCACGGCCCCCCCCGGCGACUUCGACCUCGAAGCGUCGCUGCUGCUGGCGGCGGAGCCCCGCGACCCCAAGUGCUUCUCGCGGCGGCUGCACGACCUGACCUGCUUCUGGGAGAGCAGCGCCCGGCCCGACCCCCGGCCCUUCCGCCUCCAGUACCGCCUCGAGUCGGAGGCCUGGCGCUCCUGCCCGCUGGCGGCCGCCCGGACGCCCUGGAACACGUCGCGCUUCUCCUGCUCGCUGCCGCCCGCCGACGCCGUCGCCUUCGUCCCGCUGGAGCUGCGGGUGCUGCGGGCGCCCGGCCGGGCCCUGCUCAACCGCACCCUCCUCCUCGACCAAGUCGUGCUGCUGGGGCCGCCGGGGAACGUGUCGGCGGGGCCGGGGGGGGCGGCGGGGCAGCUCUGCGUGCGCUGGCAGCCCCCCCCCAGCCCCUACCUGGAGUCCAGCCUGGCCUACGAGGUGGCCGCCGCCGCCCCCGGCGCCCCCCCCCGCACGGUGUCGGUGCCGGCGGGACGCACGGAGCUGCGCGUGGGGUCCCUGCGUCCCCGCACCCCCUACACCUUCCGGGUCCGCGUCCGCCCCGACGGCGUCAGCUACGGGGGCUACUGGAGCGCCUGGUCGGCCCCCGCCACCGCCACCACCCCCCCCGAGUGGGACCCGCUGAUCCUGGCCCUCUCCUGCGUCCUGGCUCUCUUCGUCCUGCUCCUGGCCCUGCUCGGCCUCCUGGGCCACCGCAGGUCGCUGAAGCGGCGGCUGUGGCCGGCGGUGCCGGGCCCCGAGCGGGGCUUCCGGGGGCUCUUCAGCGACUACGGGGGCAACUUCCAGCUGUGGCUGUGCCAGGGCACCGGCCCCCCCGCCGGCCCCCCCGAGCCCGAGGCGCCCGCCAGCGCCCUGGAGGAGGUGGGCGCGGGGCCCCCCCCGGCCAAGGGGCCCCCCCCGGGCGCCCCCCCCGGGCCCUCGCCGGCCCCCAGCUUCGAGUACACCCUCUUCGACCCCGGCUCGGCCCUGCUGUGCCCCCCCGCGCCCCCCCCGCCCCGCCCCUACGCCAACCUGGCCCCCCCCAAGGGCCCCCCCCCGGCCGAGGGGGGCCCCCCCGCGCCCCCCCCCUACGUGCUCUGCUCCUAGCCGGGGGGGGGGGGACGCGGGGACGAGGGGCGGCGUCGCACGGGGACCCCGGCGCACGAGGACACCGAGGGGACACGGGACACGGGACACGGAGAGGACACGGGACACGGGAAGGACGUGUGACACGGGACACGGAGAG